UAUUUAAUUUAGAUUUUCUGUUUCUUUGCACCUUAUGCAGGCCAUAGAUGGGUCGAAAAUCGGCCGAUUUUUCGUCCGAAAAUAAAAUCGCCCGAUUUUCGGAUCGUUGGUGGGCUAUUUGUUCGACCGUUUUUCGGUAUUUUGGCAGCUUUUUUUAUCGGUAAAGUUGGAAAAAAAAUCGGCCGAUUUUGCCGAUCGGCCGAUUUUCGCGGCAAUGAUGGGCAAAUCGGCCGAUUUUUUACCGAUAAAAAAUCUGCGCAUGAGCAGUGA